AUGCCUCCGAAGAAUAAGAAAGAAGAGGAAGCAGCUAGAUUGGCAGAGGAAGAGAGGAAGAGACAAUUAGAAGAAUAAUUAAGGUAGGAGGAGGAGAGAAAAUACGGAUGUGGUCGAUACAGGACAAAGUAAUAGUUACAGAAUAUGUGAAGUAUGGGAUUGCCAAUUAGUCAAUAUAUAAUAAAUGAAGUAUUUCACUUAGAGGAUGCGAGCAUUUUGAUAAAGGAAUAUUUGUGCAAGGUAGAAUAAUUAAUGGAGAAUUUAGAUUUUGGAGAGGAAUCAUUGUGAAAAGUUGAGAGACAUUGAUAUUGAGAUUGCGGGGGAAUAGUUGAUUAAUGAUUUUAGUGCUUGUUAAGAUUUCGGAUUUAAUGGAGACCAAGCAUUAAUAUUCAUUAAUAUGAUGUUUUUAGUUUACAUCAAUCAACAUGAGAAGUUUGGGAAGUUGGUGGAAGGAGGAUUGACAAGAGGGAAAUCGUUGUAGGGAGACAGAAAACUAUUUUAAUAAUUGCUAUCUCAACAUAGUACUGAUGGCUAGGGAUGUCAUAAGGUAUUUGUGGCUAAGUAAUUGUAACCAAUUAUCGAUUACAUUGAGAAGGGUAGAUAAGAUGUAUAUAAUAUUAGGUUAUCUAUCUCAUUGGUUGUUAUUACAUCAAGCACACUCUCAUAAUCAAAGACCGUUAGAAAUCUAGGUUGAUUUACAAAUUGAGUUGCCCUUGCCACAACCUUCUCUAGAAGAUCACACAUAUUAUAAGCCUAUUGUGACUGAUGACACUUAAUCUUUUAAGAAGACUGAGAUGGAAGAGUAGGAAGUGGAAUAUCAUGAGCCCACAGAUGAGGAGUUACUGGAUUCUGUGAUUAUGAAUGCCAUUCAGGAUAAAUUGAGUUUGGCAUAAUAAGAAUUGGAAACGAGAUUGAAGGAUAGAUAAGUUGAGAUUGAGUCUAAACUCCAAGAAAUGGCAGCAGCUUUGACUAAGAAGAAAAAAUGA